AUGGCUACAGACUGGCUUGGAAGCAUUGUGUCCAUUAACUGUGGAGACAGCCUGGGAGUCUAUCAGGGACGAGUGUCGGCUGUGGAUCAGAUCAGCCAGACCAUCUCCCUGACGCGGCCUUUCCAUAAUGGUGUCAAGUGCCUCGUGCCAGAGGUCACCUUCAGGGCAGGUGAUAUUACUGAGCUAAAGAUUCUGCAGAUCCCAGGUCCUGGGGACAGCAAACAGAGUGGGGACCUGCAGCAUACUGAACUGGGCAUCCCUGGCAUUGGGUGCCAAGUGGGUACCAAUCAAAACGGCACUGGCAAAUUGCUAAAGAAGCCUACCUCUUCCAGCAGUGCCCCACAGGCUAUCCCAAGGAGAACGGACAUGAAAAAUCAGGAAGUUGUCAUCUCCCCACAACAGCAGCAGUGCUCUAAGAGCUACAUGGACCGACAUUUGGAAUCCUUGAAUCAGUCCAAAGGUUUCCGUCGUAGACACAACUCCUGGUCAUCCAGUAGCCGCCACCCAAACCAGGUGACGCCAAAGAAGAGUGGCCUGAAGAACGGGCAGAUGAAGAGUAAAGACGAUGAGUGUUUUGGAGAUGACAUUGAGGAAAUCCCAGACACAGAUUUUGAUUUUGAAGGGAACCUGGCGCUUUUUGAUAAGGCAGCAGUGUUUGAAGAGAUUGACACUUACGAGAGGAGGAGUGGCACUCGCUCCAGGGGUACCCCCAACGAGAGGCCAGCGCGCUACCGGCAUGACGAGAACAUCCUGGAAUCAGAGCCCGUCGUCUACAGACGGAUCGUCGUACCCCAAAAUACUAACAAGGAAUUCUGCACCGACUCCGGGCUAGUCGUCCCAAGCGUCUCUUAUGAACUGCACAAAAAGGUGCUUUCAGUAGCUGAGAAACAUGGGCUGACUCUGGAGCGCAGACUGGAGAUGACUGGGGUGUGCGCCAGCCAGAUGGCAUUGAGUCUGCUCGGAGGACCCAACAGGUUGAAUCCUAAAAAUGUUCACCAGCGACCCACAGUGGCUCUGCUGUGUGGCCCCCAUGUGAAGGGGGCCCAGGGAAUCAGUUGUGGACGGCAUCUUUCCAACCAUGACGUUCAUGUCAUUCUCUUCCUACCCAACUUUGUCAAGAUGCUGGAAUCCAUCACUAAUGAGCUGAACCUCUUCAGCAAAACCCAAGGCCAGCAGGUGUCCAGUGUCAAAGAUCUCCCAGAUACCCCGGUUGACCUGGUGAUAAACUGCCUGGAUUGUCAUGAAAAUGCUUUCCUGAGAGAUCAGCCUUGGUACAAAGCAGCUGUGGACUGGGCCAACCAGAACCGAGCCCCUGUCCUCAGCAUAGACCCUCCUAUGAGUGAAAUGGAGCAGGGCAUUGAUGCCAAGUGGUCACUGGCCUUGGGCCUGCCCCUGCCGCUGGGUGAGAGGGCAGGGCGAGUAUAUCUGUGCGACAUCGGCAUUCCGCAGAAAGUCUUUCAGGAAGUGGGAAUAAACUACCACUCACCCUUUGGCUGCAAAUUUGUCAUCCCAUUGCAUUCAACAUAG